UCAACAGAAUACAUGAGGAAAAGGUUUUGAGUUAUGAGUUGAGAGGCAAAUUGCAUGUAGGGUAAUUGUUUGGACUGGUACAUAAUAUCUAAACGGCACAUACACAGUAAAUAAAUACCUGCAGGUAACGUCUAAAAUUGGAAAUUAAAAACAAAUGAUUUCAAUCUAUGGUUAAUUUGGGUUCACCAGUUAAGGGCGCCAUCUUGUGUUGUGGCAGAUGACCUGCAGGAUUGAUCGAUCAAUCAAUCAAUCAAUCAAUCAAUUAAUCAUUAAUUCAUUCAUUCAAUCAAUCAAUCAAUCAAUCAAUCAAUCAUUCAUUCAUUCAUUCAUUCAUUCAUUCAUUCAUUCAAUCAUUCAAUCAAUCAAUCAUUCAAUCAAUCAAUCAUUCAAUCAAUCAUUCAAUCAAUCAAUCAACUUUAUAGUACGUUUAAAAACAACAAAAAAAGUUGUUGACCAAAGUGCUUUACAGACCCCAAAUUACAAAACAUAUACCCAUACACACCAUAAAGCACAACAAAACACUAAGCAAACCACAUGUAGCUAAGGACAGUUAAACGCAGCAGAGAAGAGCUGGGUCUUCAUCAUAGAUUUAAAAACACUCAAUGGAGUCACUGAAUUCUUAAGAGAAUGUGAUUUAUGACCAAAUGAAAAUAUUUGGUUGCUUUAGUUUUUAUUAUUUCACUUUUUGCUUUCACUUUGCUUUACUUCUAGAUGUUUCUUCAGUUACAGGCUGAAACCGAAAAAUGUUGUCCUGAUUUUAAUAAAAUUAACUUUUAAUAUGUUUCAAAUGUCUUUUAUGUAUACUGAUUGUAUUGUUUUAUCCUGUAAUGCAAUUCCAGAAAUAAAAAAAUUAUAUAAAAUGGUAUAGCUAAUGACAAAUCCAAUAAAACAGAUAAUCACAACCAUUUCAGUAUUUAUUUUGUGAUUUAUAUUAAUCUUAACAAGAAUUACUACUUUGUGGCAAAAUUUCCACCUUGACCAACAAGUUUUUCCCAAAAAAUGUCAUUUUUAAAACUAAGUGUUCUUAGUCACCAAGGAGACAUUAAUGUGAGUAAAUAGCAUGAUUGAGAUAAAACAUGUAAUGUGAGAAGAACACCAAAGAAAUCAUGUCCCACAGUUUACUAUAAAUCUACAUGGCUUCUGUUAUCUGGUAUAAUGAAUGCAGUUCAGAGAGGACAGUUUGUGUAUCAGUGUCAUGGAAACACACCAACACAGGUGUGUCAUUUGCAACAGCGUCUUCAUAUUGUGUGUCCCCAUGUUCUUAUCCAUUUAACUCUAUAUUAUGAUAAGAGCCGAUGAUGAUGCCGUGGACAGUCUCAAAUGAAAAACAAAGUCUGCAGUUACGAGAGGACCCAUCCAACAUACAGAUCCUCCAACAACCUGCUCCUCAACCAACCACUAAUUUGCAGCAGUUCUCAGCAGCAGUGGCGUCACCUUUUGCCCCUGUGCGUCCAGGACACAUUAGAGAGGACCUUGUGGAACUGAUGAUGAUACAGAAUGCACAGAUGCAUCAAAUCAUCAUGAAUAGUAUGAGCAUGUCUGUACUCAACACCUUCAACUACACACACGCACCUGAGACUGCAAGAAUCAAUAUGGUUUUAGAGGAAGAACCUGACAUUUACCACCAUUAUUACCCACCUGGGCCUGACUUCUGUUACCCAGGUUGGGUGCCUUUACCCCAGCAACUGAUCCAUGCCCCACCUCCUGUUCUCCAGAACAUCCAGGAACCACCACAACACGCACAGCCAGUUCACACAAAAUGCAGGGACAGGAAAGCCGUACCACCCCCACCUCCACCCAGUGCUACACAGGCUGUUGGUGCUGACAUCCCACCUGCAGUUGAUGACGUUGACGUUUCCCUCCAUCCUCCCCACCACCACCAGGUUGGCCCUGUCUAUCCAUCGAGGGUAGGCUCCGCCCCUGCCUUCAUCUCAGGCAGGAUCAGCUGAAUCUGAAUCCCCAGGACUUGGACUAAGGACGGGGCCUACGCCAAAGAACUUUUCUAUACAACUAAACAUGAAUCAAUAAUUGUAGCUCACUACCAUGUGUUAAAACUUUAUGGAAUAAAUACCAUGUAAACGUUCACCUAA